AUGGAAGACACAAGCAUUCCACCGAUGCCUCGUGAAGACCACGGUCCUCAUAUCCCUCCCGCCAAAUGGUCAACAAUUGAACCUGAGCCAACAAUCUCUAUUUUUUACAGGCCGAAUAAAGCCGCUCCUCUCGAACUCCUUGAUGGCAACCUCUCCCGCGACUCAACCAUGAUCUUCUGCGAUCGAAUCCGUCACAACCUGACAGAGAACAAUAGUAAAUCCUUCACCGUCAUGGGUGGCGACUUGACCGGCCUCAAGAAUGUCCUCGAGCAGAGCAUCGUCAAGUUCACAGAGAUCGAUGAGAUCACACCCAAACUGUUCACCACAUACGCCAAUGCCAUCACCUCGGCAAUCCUUUUAGGCAUUCCCGCUCGCGAUUUGGCCAACGACUUGACCAAGUGCCUGCUUGCAAUCGCCCGCAAAGUCCUCAUGGAUUGGGAUGAAGUAGGAUGGUUUCACAGGACUCCAACUCUAAAUGCUUGCAGCGAUCAAGUCCGCCAAGUUGUGGCCGCAAGUGUCUUUUGGGCUUGGUGGAAUCUCCAGCUGGAUGCAGAGGAGACGCCAGAAGACAUGAUGUUUCCCGAUGCCUUGAGAUAG